AUGGCAGCUGUUCCUAAAGACAUGGUUGGAGCUACAGGAGUUCGAUAUCGUUACAAGCAGCUUCUCCAGACAAAAGAACACUUUGGACAUGUUUGGCUGGCAACGAGCGGGUGCGAUCAAUUUAUCUUGAAAACCAUUCCCAAGCUCAUAUUCAACCAUUUCGACAAGGAGAUUCGGCCCAAUGUCCGCGAUAGUCCCUUUACACGACUGCCCGUGGACAUGAUCCCCAAUGAGCGGAUCUUCCCAAGAUAUUAUAUCAAGGCAGACAACAUCAUGGUUGACUACCAUGAAGACAAGAAAGAAGUCGUAAUUAACACGGUUCGACUUACUGACCUUGACAACGCGGCCUACCUCCCCAAUGGCAGGUAUAUCCAAGGAAUGCUUGCAGGCAACGCAAACUGGCGUAGUCCCGAGGCAUUUCUCAAAAGCAAACUCAACAAGCCAACAGACAUGUUCUCCUUUGGCGUCGUCUGUACAUAUGCCGUUCUCGGUCGUGCGAUAUUUGCCCCAGAUGCUGAUUUCGAGACGCGCAUAGCACAGGGCGUGCUACCUGACCUCAUUCACCUGCAGCGCCAAGUCUCGUAUUUUGGAGACGAGGAUGCAAUAGCGGGUUUGGAGAUGCACCUCGGCGACGACUCAUUCAGUAGAAUGAUCCUGAGAAUGCUGUGGACGGAUCGGUGGGAGCCACAAAUCGGUUACAAACAGUUUGGGAAUUGGCCCGAGGUUGAGGAUAUGGUCUUUAUGGAUCUGGUCUUGCGCUUGAGGAACUUGGACCCUAAGAGGCGGAUGACGGCUCAAGAAGCAUUGGAGCAUCAAUGGUUCGAGGAUGUUUGA